GAAAUAAAAUUAUAAAAUAAUUAAAAAUAAAUAAAUAAAUAGUAAUUAAUAUAUACAUACAUAUAUAUUCUUGUAUAUCCCGUAUGAUUGUAUUGAGUACGCGACUAAUUUACUUGACCCAAAGACGGGCUUCAAGCUACAUUUGCUAAUUGUACCCGAUCCAACCGGAGGGAAGCCCAGUUUCCGGGCCAACUAAGAAAGUAAAAGCGCACUCCCAGUCCGUACUCCGGUCUCCACUAUUUCACUUCCCUAGCGCGAAAGAGAAAAACAGUUAAUUAGGGUUUCAAACUCCCCGCCAAAAUUUCUCGCUACUAUGGCUGCUGUAAUCGAUGAGAACCCAGAGAAUACCUCUACAACUCCGAAGCCCCCCCAAAGCCCUGCUUCCAUAGUCCCAGGUACCGGCUCUUCUCAACCUCCUCUUCCUCCUCCUACGAAAACCUCCGCCACCACCACCACUAACGGGUCGCCGAGCGCCAAGGACCACAUUCUCUCUGUCGCAUCCAAGAUCGCUUCCCAGCCUCUCCAGAAUUCUGAUCCCGACGUAUGGGCCGUCCUCACCGCUAUCUCCACCAAUGCUCGCAAACGCCAUCAGAGCAUAAAUAUGCUUCUGACUGCGGAUGAACAUUGCAUCGGUCGGUUAGUCGAGGAUACACGCUUCCAGAUUGAAUCAAUCGCGGUUAGUGCAUAUCAUUGCAAGAUAUAUAGGAGGAGGCUAGGUGCUGAUGAUUCGGAAUAUACAGUCUUCUUAAAAGAUACGAGUACGAAUGGAACAUAUCUCAACUGGGACAAGUUGAGGAAGAAUAGUGCCGAAGUCAAACUCCGUCAUGGAAAUAUUAUUUCAUUUGCCGCUCCUCCCGAGCAUGAACUUGCAUUUGCAUUUGUAUAUCGAGAAGUUCUUGUGUCCAUGCCCUUGGCUGAUGGUGCAGCUGCAAAAAGAAAAUCAGAGGAAUUUGUUUCUGAAAACAAGAGACUAAAGGGUAUUGGCAUUGGUGCUCCUGAGGGUCCUAUUUCUCUUGAUGAUUUUCGCAGCCUUCAACGGUCAAACACGGAACUGAGGAAGCGAUUGGAAAAUCAGGUCCUUACAAUCAAUACAUUACGUGAUGAAAAUCAUGCAUGGGUUCAGCGUCAUGAAAAUGAAAUGAAAGAAAUCAAAGAAUCAGUUGCAAGAUCAUACCUUGAUCAACUAAAUGGAUUGCACCAUACGUUGGAGGUCAAACAGAGAGAGCUGGAGUCAGUCGGUAGGAUAUCAGCUGAGCAGAAACAUGCUAUGGAAGACCUUAACAGAAGGCUCAAUGCUUCUAUACAGUCAUGCACAGAAGCAAAUGCAAUAGUGAAGAGUCAGAAGGCAUCUAUAACUGAACUGGAGGCACAAUUGUUUGAAGAGCGAGACCAGAGAAGAGAAGAACGAGAAAAGGCAGCUGCAGAUUUAAAAACAGCAGUGCAGAGAGCACAGUCAGAGGCACAGGAGGAAUUCAAACGAGUGUCUGAUGCAUCCUUAAGACGAGAAAGAGAGCUGCAAGAAAUGAUUAAUAAGCUCAAGGAAUCGGAGAGAGAAAGGUGUUUGCUAGUGGAUACCUUGAGGUCCAAACUGGAAGACACCAGGCAAAACUUAGUUAGCUCUGACAAUAAAGUCCGCCUGCUGGAAACUCAAGUUUGUGAAGAGCAGCUGGCCUCUGCAAAUGGAAGAAAAAGAGUGGAAGAACUUGAGCAUGAAAUGAAACAAAUGCGGCAAGAGCUGGAGAUUGAAAAGCAGUCUGCACGAGAAGAAGCAUGGGCUAAAGUUUCUGCACUUGAGCUUGAGAUAAAUGCUGCAGUGCGGGAUCUUGAUUUUGAGAGACAAAGCUUAAAAGGCGCCAGAGAAAGAAUUAUGCUCCGGGAAACACAACUACGAGCAUUUUAUUCCACAACUGAGGAGAUUUCGGUACUGUUCGCCAAGCAGCAGGAACAACUGAAGGCAAUGCAGAGGACUUUGGAAGAUGAGGAGAAUUAUGAUAACACGUCAGUUGAUAUGGACCUCAAUGUACCGAAUGGAGUCAUAAAUGAAAGUGGGGAAAAAGAAGCAACUGUGUUCUGUAGUAAAGUAACUGCUAAGGCAGGCCCAGCCACUUCAGCGCAGGGGUUUAAAAGAAAUCAAAUUGAAACCUCUAGCAAUGAAGGCAGCACUACUGAGAAGCACGAUUGUGAUUUCAGAACCCAAGAAGAAUGCCAAAACACCCAAGAGGAAGAAUUUACAAGUGCAGACCACGGUGUCAAGGCUGGAUUUGGUUCUGAAAUUGAGGGCAUUGGCACAGCACCUGUUUUGGAGGGAGAUGCCUUCGGCACUGAGCGAGUUCUUGAAACUGAAAGCCCUGGAAUUGAUAAUGACCGAAGUAUUGAUUUGAGAAAGUGCAGCACUUUAGCUGGGGAGACAAUGCAGCUUGAUGAUGAAGCCCAUGUGCAAGAUACUGAUGACCGAACACUUUGUCAGGGUGCCAUGCGUCACUCUCAAUCAAAUAAUCCCUGUGAAAAUUUAAAAUCUAUGGAAGAUACAGAAGUUGGGGGAACAAUUAGAACGGCAGACCUCUUAGCUUCUGAAGUUGCAGGUAGCUGGGCUUGCAGCACAGCUCCUUCAGUCCAUGGAGAGAAUGAAUCUCCAAGAAGUAGAGGCAAUGACAAGGAAGAUGCUGCAGCUCAACAUGAUUCCAAUGUUCAGGUGGCCGAGAGUCAAAGUUCACCCUGUUCUGAGGCUAUUUCCAAAAGAUGGAAAGAAUCUACAAGAAGUACAGGCAAUGCUGAGGGAGGUGCCGUGGCUCUACACGAUUCCAAUGUUCAGGUAGCUGAGAGUCAAAAUGCCCCCUCUUCUGAGGCUGUUGCUAGAAGACGGAAUCAUGAACGUCAAGCACUAAGUGAAAUGAUUGGAAUUGUUGCUCCUGACUUGAAGGGGCAGUUUGGUAGUUCAAUGGAUAAUGAUUGUGAUCAAGGGAGAGAGAAUCAGGGUUCUGCUUCGGACUCAGAUACUGAGAGCUGUACUGAUGAUGAUGAUUGUGAAGUUGAUGUCAAAGGCAUAUCAAUUUCAGAUGCAGAGACAGUGGAUAGUGAUCAAGCUGAGGAGGAUCACAAACCAGAUGAUGCAAUGGAUGCGGAUGACGAAGCUACCCAAGAAGAUUCUCUUGGAUAGAAGGUCUGUUCUAAACAUGGUUUUUUCAUCGUUUUGGCACAGACAGGGGUGGAUGAAAGUUGUAAAUACUGAAGAUCUCUUUUAUAAUUAUCUUGUCUUUGUUCUCCCUUUUUCCAUUCAGAAAUUUGUAUUGAUGUAUUUAAGACCCUAUAAUGUACAUGCUGUAUAUGGCCUUUUCCUGCCUUUUCACUGAAUGACAUUCUCUUAGCAACUUUUGGACACUGAUCAAA